AUGCACAGAAGCCCCAGGAUGAGAUCUGGCUGGAUUAAAGGAUUCCUUCUGGCCUUUGCCAUAGCUGGGUCUCUUCUUUACCUCGGCUCCAUAAAGAAGGAGGUUCAUACCCACUCAGAGAGACUUAGUAGUGCCCAUCACAACGACUCCAUCAGGGGUCAGGGGAUGCUCAACAGGAUGGACAAGAUGGAAACAGACAUCAACAGACUGCUCAAUGUGAUGAAUAAACUUGAAAAGAAGGAACUGGUGAACCAGAACAACGCAGAUGUGAAGAAGGAGAGGAGCGUGGUGAGGAAGCUCUACCCGAACUCUCAUCUGUUCACCAAGUGGGGGGACGAUCUGUCGGAGGAGGAGCAGAAGGAGGCAGAGAGGUUGUUCCAGAGCUACGGAUACAACGCCUUCCUCAGUGACCGGCUGCCCCUCAACAGAGAGAUCCCUGACACCAGGCCAGCCAGGUGUGCUGAUAAAAAAUACCCUAAGGAUCUGCCUUCCAUGAGUGUCAUAUUAAUCUACCUGGAUGAAGCACUUUCUAUCAUCAAAAGAGCCAUUCGCAGCAUCAUAGACAAGACACCAGCUCACCUGCUGAAAGAAAUCAUACUUGUGGAUGAUUACAGCAGUAACGAAGAUUUAAUGGAGAAACUGGAUGAAUACAUAAACUCUAUCCACGAGGAGCGUCCAGCCCUGGUGAAGAGAGUCCGUCACUCCGAGCGGCUCGGCCUCACUCAGGCCAGACUCUCGGGGUGGAAGGUUGCUGUGGGGGAAGUGGUGGCCAUCUUGGAUGCUCACAUAGAAGUCCAUGUUGAAUGGGCAGAGCCCAUGUUGGCUCGGAUCAAAGAGGACCGCACCGUGAUACUGACACCAGUGUUUGACAAAGUUAAUUACGACGACCUGAAACUUAUCCCCUACAUACCAGCUGCGGAUGCCUUUGACUGGGCUCUGUGGUGCAUGUACGAGUCCUUCAGACCCGAGUGGUAUGCUUUAAAGGACGACUCACUGCCUGGAAAGAGCCCGGCCAUCAUGGGGAUUCUUGUAGCUGAUAGCAAGUUCUUUGGAGAGAUCGGAAGCCUUGAUGGUGGAAUGAAAAUAUACGGCGGUGAAAAUGUGGAACUCGGCAUCCGGGUGUGGCUGUGUGGAGGAAGCAUAGAGGUUAUUCCUUGCUCUAAAGUUGCCCACAUUGAACGAGCCAGCAAGCCUUACCUCCCUGAUUUGAGUGGAAUGAUGAGGCGUAAUGCUCUGAGGGUGGCCGAGGUGUGGAUGGAUGACUAUAAGAACAAUGUCAACAUUGCCUGGAACCUUCCCUUCGAAAAUCAUGGGAUAGACAUUGGGGAUGUGUCGGAGAGGAAAAAGCUGAGAGAGAGGCUGAACUGCAAGCCCUUCCAGUGGUAUCUGGAUAAUGUUUACCCCAUGCUAGACCCUUUGAAGGACCUGCUAGCUUAUGGAGCGCUUGUUAAUGAUCUGAUGCCUAAAUUCUGCAUUGACCAAGGCCCAAUGCCUGGGAACACUCCCAUUGUAUAUGGUUGUCACUACCAGUUCAGCCAGCACUGUUAUUAUCGCACCAAUGGACAACUGUACAUCGGUGGAAUAAAAUCUCACAAGUACAACAGCAACCGCUGUCUGUCGGACCCCGGCUCCGGAGUCCAUCCAGGACUGUAUGAGUGCAAAAUGGCCGAGCAGAAGAAAUUCCACAUACUGUGGGAUUUUAAACAGGAUGGAGCUAUCCAGAACAGAGAAACAAAGAGGUGCCUAGAAAUAAUGAUGGCUGGAUACAGCAAUUAUAAACUGGUUGUUCAGCAGUGCACCAGUCAGAGAUGGAAAAUACAACAUCUCAUCAAAGGCCAGCUUGGUGGGCAGGGUUCAGAAGACAGGAUGAUAAAGGAGCCAUGACAAUCUGCAGCUCAGUGAAACACACGUUUGCUUUUGGGGCAAGUUUACAUUUUUGCUUUGGACGACUUGGAUCUACGAGAGGCAAACUCUGUGACAAAAUGUAUUUAAAUGAUUGUUUUCGAAAAAUAUAAUAUUGUGACAAAAAAUGAA